AUGAAGACUCUUCCUUCACUCUUCCGAGUGGCCAUCCAGGUCUUGGCAGUGCCUUCCUCUAGUGCUCCAGUGGAGCGAGUCUUCAGCCACGGCGAGGACAGGCUCAUUCUAGAGAAAGGUAACAACCCGUGUGAAGGCCUCCUGAAAGUCUACCAUGCAGAUAAAUGGGGCUUUGUUGGAUGUCAAGGCUGGAGCCAAGAAGCUGACCAAGUGGUGUGUCGGAGCACGAACUGUGGGGAGCGAGUGAACGGCUCAGAAGAGACGGCUCAGGAGCGCGUUGACCCCGUCCUGCUCAACAACUUAGAGUGCAAAGGAACAGAGCAACACCUGUGGAAGUGUCCUAACCCUGGUUGGGGCAUCCUCGACAUCCACAAGGGCACCGUGAGGAAAGUUCAAUGCUCAAGUCAAAUCAAAAUAGACCUGGAUGGAUUUCGAUGCGAGGGAAUUGUCCGGUUCUCCAGAGAUAAUGGAAAUACAUUCACAGGGGUCAUUUGUAGAGAUGGCUUCAAAAAAGAGGAAGCCGAUCAUUUGUGUGAAAGCCUCGGGUGUGGUACGUCCAAGGAAGUGACAACCAGAAAAGCCGAAGGUGUAUCAGAAAGGAUCAAGAUCAACUGUCCCGACCCAGCAAAAAAGAAAAUCGACAAUCUGUGGCAGUGUUCUCCUACAGUAUCUGAAGAAUCAACAUGCUCACAACCUGCUGCUGUCACAUGCACACGUCACGAGAGACUGCAACUCACAGGAGACCCGUCCAAUGUGUGUGCUGGGAAGCUGGAAAUAGAGGAGGGAGACGUCUGGAAACCUGCCAUCAACAUCAGUAGCAGUCCUGAUGAGUGGUGCGAGCAAAUGAACUGUGGCACCAAAAAAAAUCACAGCCAGAGUGCUACAAACCUGAAAUGCCCAGACCAGGUGAAAGUGGUUCUGAUGAAGAAUAAUAAACCCAGUUACUGCUAUGGUGAAGUUCACAUUCAGAAGAAUGGAGGAAGUAAAGCCGUGUGUGCCACCGGAUGGGAAAAGAAGGAUGCUGAAAUUGUUUGCAAGGAGCUAAAAUGCGGCAGUGUGAUUAGUACAGAAGCGAGGCGGUCAUCUGCAGCAGGGAUAAUGGAUAAUGUGAAGUGCUCCGGCAGUGAAUCCUCUCUCUGGCACUGCAGAGGCAGCCAUGGAGACGUUUCCUGCAGAAACGUUGCCUACGUCGUCUGUGAAAAAAGUGCAGAGGUGAAACUGGUGGACGGUCCUGAACGUUGUGCUGGCAGAGUGGAGAUCAAGUAUGAUGGUGAAUGGCGAUGGAUCAAUAGAAAUACAUGGAUUGGAGACGAAAAUUCAGAUGUUGUCUGCGAACUACUGAAAUGUGGGAAAAAAAGAGAUAAUGGUGAAAAAUUCAGCAAGGGUUCAGUCAGGGCAUUUCUGGAUAGGAAUGUACAGUGUAGUAAAGGUGCCAAACAUAUAUCUAAGUGUAUUGCAGAGAACAAACUGACCAACAACCCAUCCGGGGACGAUGCUGUGGGAAUAACGUGUGAAAAGCACAAGAUGCUGUUUCUGCAGGGAGAGGGUGCCUGUUCGGGCAUGGUGGGGAUAGAGCAGGGUGCCAAAACCUCCUGGCUCUCCGGGUCGACGGCGUGGACCCAAGACACGGCAAACGCAGUGUGUCGACAGAAACACUGUGGGGAAGCAGACACCUUUACCUCCAUCCCAAAUAAUCUGACCGGAGAUGUUUGGACUGAAUCCUACAGUUGCCCAUCCACCGCCACAUCUCUGUUUGACUGUAAACAAGGAACAAAACCGGACCAAAACGACACUAUCGCCACUGUGGAAUGCAAAGGAACAAUCAAUGUGAGCCUGAGCAAUACGUGUUGGGGAACUGUCAAAGCUUGUAUAGAUGGGAAGUGUGGAGGUGUUUGUGCAGAGACCUGGACCCCUGAGAGGUCUAAGCAGCUGUGCAAAAACUGGGACUGUGGGGAAAAUAUCCUGAAGCCGUUCUCAAAGCCUGCCAACCACCCCGUGACCGUCAAGAGUUUGCAUUCUACAAAGAAUAUAAACAACCUGGACCGGUGCAGCUUCAUCAAAUAUGAUGGAAACGACAACACCUGUAACAAUAAUCCAGCCUAUGUUGUUUGCUCAGGUAGUGUCGAGUGCAGAUUUGAGCCUUCCAGAGACAAAUGUUCUGGAAAUGUGCAGGUCUAUUAUGAAGGAAAGUGGCUCCCAGUUUGCAAAAAUGCUCUUGACGCCCAAACACAAAAGACCAUCUGUGAGGAGCUGCAGUGUGGUGAGCCUGUCAAAACGAUUGAACACUUCGGACCUAAAUCACAACCUGUCAUCUCACAAAUAGUUUGCUCUGAAAAGGACAAGUCAUUAAGAACAUGUACUAUUACUGCUGACUCUGGCACCUGCGAUCUCGGUGGCCUCCAGUGCUCCAAAUGGACUAAGAUGGAGGUCACACAAGGAGCGGCCUGUAGUGGAGCUCUGCAUAUUCUCUCGAAGGAGAAAAAAACUGCUGUUUCCUACGAAGGCUUCACAGAAAAUGAGGGGGAUAAAAUUUGCGGGAAUCUGAAUUGCGGCAAAUUUCAACCAGGGAAUAACCCUUCUUCUUCUCAAGCACCCGAGAAAACAAGCUUCAACUGUAGCAAGACGCCAAAAAACAUCUGGGAAUGUGACAGCGAAACCUCGUCGUCUUCAGAGAUGCAAACAGUCUACAUUAAAUGUCAAGAUGAGCCCCAGGUCACCCUUUCAAAUCAUGAUCAGUGUCAUGGUGAAGUGAAGAUAAAUGGCGUUGAGGUGUGUGCCACUGGCUGGAAAGAAGAGUAUUCAACAAAGGUUUGCCAAGAACUGCAAUGUAUCACCGCUAUCCCUGGUUUGAUCAGCGGUAAAGAAGCUGUGACAGGCAAGAAGUACCACCAUGUGAGCUGUGAGGAGAACCAUCAUGUACUUGGCCAAUGCAAGAGAUUUGAGGAAAAGUGUUCUGGGCAGCUGGUGUCUGUGUACUGUGUUCGCAAUAUCAAGUUCAACACUACAGAACAUUGUGGAGGUCAGAUUGAAAUCAAUUAUCGAGAUCGGUGGGAAAAAGUUUGUCCCCCUGCGUUAUUUCCCUCCAACUUGAAGACAGAGCUGUGCAAAAAAUUGAUUGAUAAAAAUGGUAUGGCAUGUGGUGGUCACAAUAGCAGCAUGAAGGAUUCAACAAAGAGCGAUUCGGUUGAUAUUUCCACAACACUGACUUGCACAAACAAGCACAAUGACAUCAAGUACUGUGUCGAGCACAAGUCUUGUGCAAAGUCCAAACCAGCUGAAAUCUACUGUAAUGGUUAUGUGGCCCCAGUAGUAAAACCCCCUCCAGUCGCAGGACCCCCACUGGUGCCUAUCUUACUGGGAGUGGUAUUUCUUCUGGUUCUGGUGAUUGUGAUUGUUCUGUUUAUACGGUUUUACAUCGUCAAGAAAGGCAAAAAAGUCUUUAAUACCUCAUCGAGAAUGUUUUCACGGCACGAAGAGGAGUUUGGCAGUGGCGAAUUCGAGGAUAUCAAAGAAAACGAAAUGGAAGACUUGACUCGCAGCAGAUUCAGAUCAGAUGCUGAGGUCGUCAUGGAGACGGACGCCCGGAGCACUUCCUCCUACGAUGACAUCGAUGAGGCUCAGGCCCUGACGCCUCAGAACGCCACGCCUGUCUCAGAAAACAACUACAUCAAUGAGGGAGUACUUGAUCGAAACACAGAUGGUGUGACCUACGAGGUGGAAGACCCGCAGGAGAAUUACGACGACAUUGAAGCCAGCCCUGAACUGACUCAGACCGAAGCUGAAGUCCACCACAGCCCCCAAACCGCACCUGAAAGCAACGCCGCGGUACCUUUUGGAUUAGUGCUGGGGGAGGACGACUACUUGGUGCCAGGCCAGGAUGGGUGAGCCAAAACUGGGUUUAGAUAGAAAGUGGCUCCCCCCAAAACAUGGCAACCAAAGUCACAAUUACAGGCGGACAAAGAAAGAAAUAUAAGAGUAUCAUCGGUAAAGAAUCUUGUUUUAUGCAGCAGAAAUACGAUGGUAAAAAAAAAAAAAAGUAUUAGUGCUGGGGGAGGACGACUACCUGGUGCCAGGCCAGGAUGGGUGAGCCAAAACUGGGUUUAGAUAGAAAGUGGAUCCCCCCAAAACAUGGCAACCAAAGUCACAAUUACAGGCGGACAAACAAAGAAAUAUAAGAGUAUCAUCGGUAAAGAAAUUUGUUUUAUGCAGCAGAAAUAAGAUGGUAAAAAUAAAAGAAAGUAUAAUAUGAAAUAUUUAACACUUGGCUGAGUUUCAAAGAUACAGUAAGAUCAUCUAGUAGUCUAGACGGAUUUCAGAAUAAAGGCCUCCUGUAAGAAGUGAGGAGCAUUUAUGGGUACAAGUCAGGAACCGGCCUACCUUACAUAUUUCAAGGGUGCUG